AUGCUUCCCUUUGCACAAGUUGGAGGCCACGCCUCAACCAUCACCUCCACCGGAUCCAUCAUCAACAAGCCUUCCUCGGCGCGCGAGAAGGCGUUCUACACCCAGCUCGCUCCCUCGCUCCUGCCCGGGUUCAUUGGUGAAUGGACACCCGAAUUCUAUGGUACCCUGUCGCUGCAGGGUCAGAUGGGUCAGGAUGGACAGAUCACACCUGCUACUGAGGGCGAACUGGGUACGAAGCCCAAAGAGGUAAGUGGGCUACGCAAGUUGGAAGGCUCGUAGAGAGACGAGUGACAACGACGAGGUGCAUGUGGGGGGGGAAGGGGGUUCAGACACUGCUCCCGACGAAACCCGUUCCACUGACCUCUGAGCCUCGUCGGCACCCAUGUUGCACUGAUUCCUUGCGAUAGAUGCUCGUAUUAGAAAACAUAAUCUAUCGAUUCCUCAGACCCAAUGUCCUCGACAUCAAACUCGGCACCCAGCUCUACGACGAGGACGCGAGCGAGGAGAAGAAGCUCAGGAUGGACGAAGCCGCCAAGGCCACAACAAGUGCCGAGACCGGGGUCAGGUUGACUGGAUUCCAAGUCAGUCCCUUCAAAAAUGACCUCAUGAAUUGUCGAGGUGUCGCUUGUACGUCUACGUUCUGACCACUCGCUCGGCACUACUCCUCGGCGCACCCAAUGCUCGACACCGCCAGGUCUGGGAUGACGCUUCCAAAGCCUACGUCGUCACACCCAAAGACUUUGGCAAAGCCAUCACCGUCCCCGAACUCUCAAGUGGCAUUGCGCGCUUCUUCUAUCCACCCCUUGGGGCGGCCUACACACCACCGACUCCCGUCGUCUCGACCCACGCCGCCGCUGCGCCGAGGGCAGCCAUCGUCCCGACGCCUCUGCCGCUCGAGUUGCUGGUGCCCGUCUUGAACGGCGUGCUAGCGAGGCUACAAGAGCUACUGCGUAUUUUGGAUGUCACGGAGAUUAGGAUAAGAGGAGGAUCGUUGCUGUUGGUCAUCGAGGGUGAUGCGAAGGCCUUACGGGAAGCGGGCACGCGAUCGGAAGGAAGGUCCCCGUCGGCCCGCCCUUCAAAGCAGGACAGAGGGCGUGAAGGCGAUGUUGGCGACACGGAGGAAGAAGAGGACGAAAGCGAGACGGAAAGUGUUUCGACCACCGAUGGGGAAGGAAACGCCAAGGCACACACUCGGCUACCUUGGGACUUGCGACUAAUUGACUUUGCGCACGUGAGGGCUGCACCGGGGGAAGGCAAAGAUGAAGGAUUCCUCAAAGGGAUCAAGACAACGGUGAGGUUGAUCGAAGAUCUGAAAGAUCGGUUGGAGAUGGAGAUGGAAGAGACUACAACUCGGGACAUAUUGUAG